CUGAUGUCGGAUGCACCGGCUUCUUUGGAAGAUGAAAGAUACUCCCAGCGGACUUCACCCAAGAAUCUGAUGGAGAGGAAUUUGCCCUUAGCUGGGCCAAAAGUGCCCUUUGAAAUUUUUGAAGAUUUCAGUUUUUCUUGAUAAGUAUCUGUUUUUUCUUUUGGUGGCUGUAGAGCAAUCUAAAAUGACUUCAUUAAUUGGCAGAAUACCAGAUGCUUUUGGUAUUUCAACUUGCUUUAUGAAGUCCGAACUAAGUAUGGUUUUCUGCAGAUCGGUCCCUCCGCUUGCUUUUGUCUGUUUGGUCAUUGAGUGACUGUAUCAUUCACUCUUUCACUCAUCUGUUCAUUCAUCAGAGCCGAUGAUCUACCAGAUUCUGGAGACCGAGCAGAGGUGGGGACGGCUGCUCUGCAGAAGAUGGUGGCGUUCUCACCACUGGGGACGAGUCUGCCAUAUGUAGAAGCAAAGGCGUUUCUCUCUCUCUCUCUUUAGGUAAAAAUAGCAACAGAAAAGGCAUGAGAACCAAGAGCUCCGAGAAGGCUGCCAGUGAUGAUCACAGCGCCUCCAUGUCCCAUGAUGAUGUCAGAGAGGGUUGCCCGCCUCUUGGUCUGGAAACCUUGAAAAUCACUGACUUCCAGCUCCAUGCAUCCACCGUGAAGCGCUACGGCCUGGGGGCGCAUCGCGGGCGCCUCAACAUCCAGGCAGGUAUCGGCGAGAACGACUUCUACGAUGGGGCGUGGUGCGCGGGCAGGAACGACCUCCACCAGUGGAUCGAGGUGGACGCCAGACGCCUGACCCGCUUCACGGCCGUCAUCACGCAGGGGAGGAACUCGCUCUGGCUGAGCGACUGGGUGACCUCCUAUAAGGUCAUGGUGAGCAACGACAGCCAUACGUGGGUCACCGUGAAGAACGGAUCUGGGGACAUGAUAUUCGAAGGAAACAGUGAAAAGGAGAUCCCUGUCCUCAACGAGCUGCCGGUGCCCAUGGUGGCCCGCUACAUCCGCAUCAACCCACAGUCCUGGUUCGACAACGGGAGCAUCUGCCUGAGGCUGGAGGUCCUGGGCUGCCCGCUGCCAGAUCCAAAUAACUACUAUCACCGGCGGAGCGAGAUGACCACCACGGAUGACCUGGACUUCAGGCACCACAACUACAAGGAGAUGCGCCAGCUGAUGAAGGUCGUGAAUGAAAUGUGCCCCAACAUCACCAGGACUUACAACAUCGGCAAGAGCCACCAGGGCCUGAAGCUGUACGCGGUGGAGAUCUCUGACCACCCCGGGGAGCACGAAGUCGGCGAGCCCGAGUUCCACUACAUCGCGGGCGCCCACGGCAACGAGGUGCUGGGCCGGGAGCUGCUGCUGCUGCUGGUGCAGUUCCUGUGCCAGGAGUACCUGGCGGGAAACGCCCGCAUCGCCCGCCUGGUGGAGGAGACCCGCAUCCACAUCGUGCCCUCCCUCAACCCCGACGGCUACGAGAAGGCCUAUGAGGGGGGCUCGGAGCUGGGGGGCUGGUCCCUGGGACGCUGGACCCACGACGGGAUUGACAUCAACAACAACUUUCCUGACUUGAACACGCCGCUCUGGGAGGCCGAGGGCCGGCAGAACAGCCCGCGGAGGGUCCCCAACCACUACAUCGCCAUCCCCGAGUGGUUCCUGUCAGAGAAUGCCACGGUGGCGGCGGAGACCAGGGCGGUCAUAGCCUGGAUGGAGAAAAUCCCCUUCGUGCUGGGCGGCAACCUGCAGGGCGGCGAGCUGGUGGUGGCGUACCCCUACGACAUGGCGAGGUCCCCGUGGAAGACGCAGGAGCGCACCCCCACCCCCGACGACCACGUGUUCCGCUGGCUGGCCUACGCCUACGCCUCCACGCACCGCCUCCUGACCGACGCCCGCAGGCGGGUGUGCCACACCGAGGACUUCCAGGAGGAGGGGACCGUCAACGGGGCCUCCUGGCACACCGUGGCCGGGAGCCUCAAUGACUUCAGCUACCUCCACACGAACUGCUUCGAGCUGUCCAUCUACGUGGGCUGCGACAAGUUCCCGCACGAGAGCCAGCUGCCCGAGGAGUGGGAGAACAACCGGGAGUCCCUCAUCGUGUUCAUGGAGCAGGUUCAUCGUGGCAUCAAAGGUGUGGUGAGGGAUUCACACGGAAAAGGAAUUCCAGACGCCGUUAUCUCCGUAGAAGGCAUCAACCAUGACAUCCGGACAGCCAGCGACGGGGACUACUGGCGCCUCCUGAACCCCGGAGAGUACAUGGUCACGGCCAAGGCCGAAGGCUUCACCUCGGCCACCAGGAGCUGCAUGGUCGGCUACGACAUGGGCGCCACGCGGUGCGACUUCACGCUCAGCCAGACCAACCUGGCCCGGAUCAGAGAGAUCAUGGAGAAGUUCGGGAGGCAGCCCGUCAGCCUGCCCGCCCGGCCGCCCAGGCUGCGGGGGCGGAAGCGACGACAGCGGGGGUGACCCCAGCUCCGGAGCCGAGUCCCAGGCCCCCGCAGAUUAAACCGUAGAGGACGGCCCGGUGUCCGCUCUGUCAUUCAGGAAGGCCUGGGGGAGCGUGCGUCCGGGCCCGGGGAGGGCUGCGGGCUUAGGGUCUCUUCUUUCCUUUGUUCCCGUGCAUCUAAGUCGCUUGGGCAGAGCAGCCGGGAGAGGCUGGAAGGAGUGGUUCACGCAGAGUCAGAGAGGAGCUUGCCGCGCAGGGGCUCCUGGCCGCCGAGGGGAGACGGGCGCCUCCCCGAUUGCGCGGCCGUGGGUUCCCUGUGCGUCUGCAACGUGCGCUGCGGACAUCACCGCGCCCCUGCGGCCCUGUUGUCCCAAAUGUCACCCUUCCAGAGGGUCCCGGGCACGCUAAGAAAAUCCAGCCUCUCUGCCCCAGGACGUUCCUCGCUGCCGCCCAUCCGUUCUGUGCUCUGUUGACCACGGGGAUGUUACCAAGUGCGCAUCGGGCGGCCCCUCGAUCAGUUUUGUUUCCCUGUCAACGCAGGGACGUGCUCACGGAAGGGGAGAGAGGCUGAAGUAAUUCAAGGGUGAUGGUUGGGCAGCGGGCGUGCUGGGGGCUGGUUGCAUGCACACUGGGGUUACAGAGCACCCCCACAUUCCCUGCUUGUCCAGCAGCCCUGAGGGUGCCCUGGGUGGUGCCAGCGGGAAGCCCCAGCUUCCCGAGGAACCGCAUCUCCUAGUCCGGCUCCUCCGUGAGCCGCUGGGACUCGGAAAGAGGGGGCGGGCCGACCCGCAACCCUCUCCCUGCGGCAGACCCUCCUCGCGGGGGGCGCGCCCCUCACGCUACCUGGCCGGGCCGGGGUCCGACGCGUGCGGCUCCGGGCCUUCCUGGCUGCGCUCAGUGUGGAGAAACGCUCCUAGAAUUACCUGUGGAGGGUCCGUUCCGGAGGGUAACUGAAUCACGUGCAGGAAACUCACUUUUUAUCGAUGUUGCUGCCUCGCGGACCUGGGAGUAAUGACAAAAAUAAAGAGAGCAAACGGUAA